UCCCCUGUCCUCCACAUUUACCUUUUCCUUGCUGGACAAUGGCUGCCCCGGGGGAGAAUACCUUGCUCACAGCGAAGUUCUUUAGAGAUGACACUGUCGCCCUGCGUGAUCGGCCGACCGAGUUCGCGGUGCUUGUGCGUUGUUGGUACGACGCGAUGGAGGAUGUUGCGCUUCCCGACACUGGGGAUCCGCUUGAUCGUCAACUAGUACGAGGAGAGUAUGGUAUCACAUUCUUCACGAAUGGCCAGCGGGCGCUCGUCUCCGAGUCCGAUCUUAUCCUCAAGGACCGCGCCUUUCGUCCAGGCGAUAUUGUCAAGCAGCAUCUGACGGAUGUGAUGAGCGGGAUUGUCACUGAGACGUACUGCGAGGUGCAGCUGGAGCAUGCGAUCACUAAGCGUGCGUUGCAAGGGUGGAUCCCCAUGCGCGAGGUCGAAUUGGAUACAGAGGUGGGCGUGGGAGAUUAUGUCAUUCAUGGAAAUUGGAUCGGAACUGUACAAGAUACAUUUGAAGAGACGACGUGCAUCUCCCACUCGGGGAAACCGAGUCGAAUAGCGGAGCCUGGCGCACAUUUUCUCGUUGGGGAGAAGACCACCGAAAUCCUCGACCCUCGUUACCUUGCAUUUCUUGGCAACACAGAACGCGUUGUGAUUGCAACCAAACCUAUUGCUGCUGCCGUCUCGUGGCUUGCGCUGAACCAGUCUCUACCGGCCGCAGAAGCAGCGUCAAUACCCCGACCGAAGCGGAACUGGGCUGGCAGGGAGCUGAACGACCUUCAACGUGUUGUGCUUGGAAGUUACGACUGUCACCGGAUAAUGGAACGCGUUCGAUUCAAGGACCCGGAGGUCGCGAGGACGAGAGGCGCGCAGCCGUCUUUGUUUCCCAUGAACCGGACUACCUGCAUCGCAGUCGACACGUUGAUCGUUACUGAUACCAGGAUGCUUGUCACAAUACUGUGGCAGGAUGGUACGACGUCGAAACAUCAUUCAUCGGUGUCGGUUCCGCAUACCAACAUCGAUGAGUACGAUUGUUGGCCAGGUGAUCAAGUAAUGUGGAAGGGAGAAGAUGGGCCUCAGGCGGUUGUUGUACAGAAAGUGUCUCCAACACAACGAACUAUUGAAGUGAUGCUCUUAAAGGACCGGACGAAGGAGACAGUUUCCGCCUUAGAGAUCGAUCCACAAGGACCUUUACCGAGUAUAUACGGGGUACGACACGGUGAUAUGGUCUUAAUCAACCUCGUGAACAAUGGAGAACAGGCGCCCGUCGUACCAAGGCUAGGUGAGAUCGAACCCUGGAUCAGGACACCUGGCGAUGGCAGGAAUGGUUGGCGAACAGAGCUCGCUAAGCUCGGACUGCAGGCGCUGAACCGAGCGGAUCCUGGAGAUGGGCGGUUACGACCUGCCACUGACGUGGAGUGGGUGGGCCAGGUCAUCACAAACCGGCUAGACGGUGACAUCGAGAUCAUGCUACCAUCCGGCAAGACACUUGUUGAGCCACUGAACAAGUUAUCAUUAUUGAUCGACGACGUGGAAGAGAUCCAGAUGGACGAAUGGUUGGAAGACGAGGAGGGUGAAGAGGGUGACGAGAUGGACAUCGACGGCGCUGGCAGUGAUUGGAGCGAAGGGAGCUGGGAGACUGUGGAUCAUGGGGAACAGGAGCAAGAUUGGGCAGCAGAGCAAGAAGACGAGCCGCCGCUCAUCCAUGUCACUCACCCCGAUGAUAUCGAGAUGAACGGGGCUGAAGAACCAGUUGCACCCGGGGGAUUUGCCACACCGUCAGGGGAGACAGGAAAGUCGACCGAACCUACGCCGACGCCCCCAAGAUCGAAUGCUGUAUCCCCGCCACCGCCUCCUACCCCCGCUGUAUUACGUGUGGACAGCCCAAAUUGGGAGCGGUUUGUCAUUCAAGAGCAAUGCCCACCAGAUCACCACUUUGCCAAUCGAGAGUCUAGCGUGCCUGGCAAGGCAUUCUUAGGCAGGUUGCAGAAGGAGUACAAGGUUCUGCAGUCAAGCCUGCCAGAGACCAUUCUUGUGCGAGCAUAUGAAGACCGCACAGAUCUUCUCCGGUGUCUCAUUAUCGGACCCGACAAUACGCCGUAUGAAGAUGCUCCCUUCGUCAUUGACUGGUAUCUUGAGCCCACAUUUCCUCAAGCGCCACCUCAGGCGCAUUUCCACAGCUGGACCAAUGGAAAUGGUCGAGUUAAUCCUAACUUGUACGAAGAAGGAAAAGUUUGCCUUUCCAUCCUGAAUACUUGGACCGGCGACCGUGCCGAGUCCUGGAGUGCUGCACGUUCGUCCCUGUUGCAGGCCUUUGUCUCCAUUCAGGGUCUCGUGCUGGUCAAGGAACCGUGGUUCUGUGAGCCCGCAUACGAAAAGCUCCGUGGCACCCAAGAGGCCGAAGUCAGCAGCCGAUUAUAUAGCGAAAAGGCAUACGUUCUCUCCCGGGGUUUCGUGCGGCAUGCCCUGGAGCAACUUCCGGGAGGAUUAGAAAACGAAGUUCAGUGGCAUUACUACGACCGUCAUGUACUGGCCAAAGUCAUCCGUGACGCAAAUGAGCUUAUUUCAAAGAGCGAGCAAGAAGGGGACGACCCUCAUGUACCAGGUGAUCGAGCUGUACCGAGACUAACACAGGGAGGCAUCUUGCCACUACGUAGAACCCUCGCGAAGUUGCAAGUUCUUCUGGAUACUCGGGCAUCAGCUGCUUAACCUGAUCAACUGCCUUGGCUCGGAGGUUACAAUGCCACAUUACACAUCACGUUGUAUUCAUAUCAUGAGCUCAAUGUCAU